CCGACUUCGAGAUAACGCUUUGCAACCUGUCCACAUAAUACAAUACCUCGCGCUCGCACCGAUCCAUCGGUUCCCGAGAUCACAUCAGUCAGAACGAUGGCGGGAGUUUCGUUCCUCUCCACGCUUACAUCGCUCCGUCUCCGUCCUCACUCGCCUCGGCCCUCUCUGGCCUUUGCCGCCCCCGAGAUCUCCAGUGGCGUCGUCUGCUGCUACCGCAGAGCCGAAGACGCGGGUGAAGCCGAUGAAAGAUGCGUGUAUCAUAGGAGGGACGUUCUUAGAUGCGUCGGCGCUGUCGUUGGCAUGGAACUGAUUUCAAGCUCAGGAUCACUAACAGGAGUGUCCAAUGCUGCUGAUCUGAUACAGCGUAGACAACGUUCUGAGUUUCAGUCAAGUAUCAAAGGAACUCUCUCAACAAUGAUAAAGGGACAACCAGAUCUUGUUCCAUCCAUACUUACGCUAGCACUAAAUGAUGCAAUGACAUAUGACAAGGCUACAAAAUCUGGGGGCCCAAAUGGAUCAAUCCGUUUGAGUGCGGAACUAGGAAGACCUGAAAAUAGUGGACUUUCUGCUGCUUUGGAUCUCAUAAUGGAAGCAAAAAAGGGGAUUGACACAUAUUCCAAAGGAGGGCCAAUUUCAUUUGCUGACCUCAUCCAGUAUGCCGCCCAAGCAUCAAUCAAGAAAACAUUCCUUGAUUCUGCAAUCCAGAAAUGUGGUGGAAAGGAAGACAAAGGAAAACUACUAUACACAGCAUAUGGCUCAAACGGUCAGUGGGGCUUGUUUGACAAACAAUUUGGGCGUAAGGAUGCUGAAGCUCCUGAUCCAGAAGGAAGGAUCCCUCAGUGGAACAAGGCUUCUGUCCAGGAAAUGAAAGCAAAGUUCACUGCUAUUGGCCUCGGUCCACGCCAGCUGGCAGUGAUGUCUGCGUUUCUUGGUCCUGAUCAGUUGGCAACAGAGAACCUUUUGUCAUCUGAUCCUGAAGUCCGUCCUUGGGUUGAGAAGUAUCAACGUAGCCGAGAAACUAUAUCCCAGACAGAUUAUGAGGUUGAUCUGAUAACAUCGCUCACAAAACUGAGUUCUCUUGGUCAGAAAAUUGAUUAUGAAGCAUACACUUACCCUGUGAAGAAGAUCGAGUUAAGUAAAUUAAAAUUGUAACAUACUUUUUGUUGUCUUCACUUUGUUGAUUUCUCAGAUCUGGUUAUGUUGGUCCCAUGUCUUGUUUCUGCUUGCACUGUUCCUGUCAUUGAAGUUUUGAGGUUGUCCAUCAUCUGUAAAGGUUAUCGAAAGACCCUCGUUGGAGGGAAUGAAGAGUGAAUGCAUUUCCAUUAAAAUAGACUAUUUUUUUACGUAAUAAUAAA